AUGUCUUCUUCAAAUUAUUUUCGUUCUUGGAUGGAUCGACCUCAUUUGGAUCCGGACACGAGAUUGCUUACGGAAGAAUACAAUCAAGGUAUAAUCGAGUUCAUGAGGGUAGCUCGCCAACAACCGGAAGCAGAAACAGGUAUGUUAAGAUGUCCUUGCUCUAAUUGUAAAAAUAGAAAAGUUAUUAAAGAGUGGGAUGUUUGGACUCAUCUAUUAUUGAGUGGGUUUACACGAAGUUACAAAAUUUGGUAUCAUCAUGGGGAAACUGAUUAUGAACUUGGUAGUACUAGCGAACCUCAGCCGGCGGUUAGAUUAGAAGAACCAAUUAGGGCGGAUGUAGAUUAUGGUGUAGGUACUGAGCAGAUGAUAAAUGAUCAUUUUAGAGGGGAAGAUUUACCCAAUGCAGAAGCUAGGAGAUUUUAUGAAAUGUUGGAUGCUGGAAAGCAACCAUUGUACGAAGGUUGCAGAGAUGGUCAUUCAGCUUUAUCAUCUGCUAUGAGACUGAUGGGCAUUAAAACAGAUUAUAAUUUGGCUGAAGACUGUGUGGAUGCGAUAGCUAAUUUUGUUAAAGGUAUUCUACCUGAGGAUAAUGUAAUAGAUGUAUGCAGCGAUAACUGCAUGAUUUAUUGGAGGGCGGAUGAUCAGCGGACUACAUGCAAAUUUUGUGGGAAGCCUCGUUAUAAAGAUACGAGUGGAAGAGUUCCAGUGCCAUAUAAAAGGAUGUGGUAUUUGCCUUUGACGGAAAGGUUGCAGAGGUUGUAUCUUUCAGAACGCACAGCGAAACGAAUGAGAUGGCAUGCAGAGCAUUCAACAGAUGGUGAGAUUAGACAUCCUUCAGAUGCAAAAGCUUGGAAACAUUUCCAAUCAACAUAUCCCGACUUUGCGUAUGAGAGAAGAAAUGUCUACCUUGGAUUAUGUACUGAUGGUUUCAGCCCGUAUGGGAAGAGUGGAAGACAAUAUUCUCUAUGGCCAGUCAUUGUUACACCAUACAACUUACCCCCAAACUUGUGCUUGCGACGAGAGUUUUUGUUUCUCUCCAUUCUCGUUCCCGGACCAGAGCAUCCUAAGAGAUCACUUGAUGUGUUUCUUCAGCCACUAAUAUAUGAGUUGCAACAACUAUGGGCUCAAGGUGCUGAAACAUACGAUAUUUCGUGUAAAGAAAACUUUCAAAUGCGGGCAGUACUAAUGUGGACAAUAAGUGAUUUUCCAGCAUAUGGUAUGUUAUCUGGAUGGACAACGCAUGGAAGGCUAUCAUGUCCAUAUUGUCAAGAUAACACUGAUGCUUUCCAACUAAAACACGGAAGGAAAACGUGUUGGUUUGACUGUCACAGGAGAUUCCUACCACCUGAUCAUCCAUAUCGUAGGAGUAGGAAUUUGUUUACGAAGAACAAGAGGGUGUUUGACAGUCCACCUGCGGAAAUUAGUGGGAAAGGUUUGAAGACACAACUAAGAGAUUUUGGUGCAGAAAGGACGCCAGACGUCGGUGGACAUGCGCGUUUUCCGGUAGAUGCUGUUGGAAACCUACAUAACUGGCACAAAAAAGUAUAUUCUGGGAUCUGCCAUACUGGGAGGAUCAUUUGCUAA